UGCCCGCAGCAGAGCCGCUCAGCGCUGCCCGGGCCGCGCCCGCCCGCCCGCCAUGGUGUCAUGGAUCAUCUCCAGGCUGGUGGUGCUUAUAUUUGGCACACUUUACCCUGCGUACUAUUCCUACAAGGCUGUGAAAUCAAAAGACAUUAAAGAAUAUGUCAAAUGGAUGAUGUACUGGAUUAUAUUUGCACUUUUCACCACAGCAGAGACAUUCACUGACAUCUUCCUUUGUUGGUUUCCAUUCUAUUAUGAACUAAAAAUAGCAUUUGUAGCCUGGCUGCUGUCUCCCUACACAAAAGGCUCCAGCCUCCUGUACAGGAAGUUUGUACAUCCCACGCUGUCUUCAAAAGAAAAGGAAAUCGAUGAUUGCCUGGUUCAAGCAAAGGACCGAAGUUAUGAUGCCCUUGUACACUUCGGGAAGCGGGGCUUGAAUGUGGCAGCCACAGCGGCAGUGAUGGCUGCUUCCAAGGGACAGGGUGCCUUAUCGGAGAGACUCCGGAGCUUCAGCAUGCAGGACCUCACCACCAUCAGGGGAGACGGUGCCCCUGCCCCAUCAGGGCCCCCACCACCAGGGUCUGGGCGGGCCAGCGGCAAACACGGCCAACCUAAGAUGUCCAGGAGUGCUUCUGAGAGUGCUGGCAGCUCAGUGUGUACCUGCUGCUCCACCUGCAGGACUCGGAAAGUGGUUGAGGGAGAUGUGAAUGAGGGUGGUGUGAAGGCGUGGGAGCCCCACAAGGUCCAAAACCCCUUGGCAUUUUCUGAUGAUGAGGAAGAAGACCUGCUGGAGUUCAUGUACAAGUAUAAGGCACCUCGAAAUACGGCGCUCCCCCUGGAGGCACCGCCUAGACUUCUUCGAUCUCGCUUCAGGAAGAAAAGUACCUCAUCCUCGGCCACUGAAACCACGUGAGUGAGAUGAGCCAACAGCACCGGAUCCACAGAAUGUUUCUUCUCUGCCUUAAAGAGCUAUUCACUAAUAACAUAGAAAUCUGCAAGCUGGUGUGCUUCGUGUGCAGCCUCACAGACAUGGCCUUUUCUCUCUCCCAUUUUCCACUUUUAAGAUUUUACCCCCUUUUCCUUUCUUUAUUUUGCUGGAGAGAGGCUAAAGGGAAAGAUAGUAUGUGUGUGGGGUAUGAUCUUUAAGUCUUCUGAGGUUAGUAAUUUUCCACAAUUGGGUUGUCAUCACAGACAGCAGUGUUCUUAGAAAUAAGAGCAUCACCCCCCACACUGCUGCAAUGUACAUUUGUAAUUUAUUUGUUGCAUACUUUUUAGUCUUGUAAAUGCAAACAAAGCAAUUUUUUAAAAACUUUUUUUGUUCUUGGUACUAAUACUUUGGACUAUGAUGUAUAUAUUUAUGGCUUUUCGCUUAACAUAAUGGACUUGCAAGGGCUGCCUGAGGUUCUGAUAUGUAAGAAAACUGCAAAAACAGAAGUGUAAAAAAUUAUUUUGAUUCUAGAGAAUAUCUAAUCUGCUUAUAAAGCCUCCAAAUACAAAUUUAGUAAAGCAUCCCUUUUCCUGAAAGAUGAAGGUCCAUACUCUUCAGACAGUUAUUCAGUUAGUACACCAGAAAAGCUUAAAAAGAGAGACAGUAUUUUAGCAACAGAGUGUAGCCUAGAAUGAGAAGUUGCAGGAAGUUUGUCCUCCUCUUGGAUUCAGGAUUAGGAGCUUCUGAAUGCUUUCUGGAGAUUUGCCAUUGCCUUAGGCAGAGGCUCACCCUUGGUAAAAACUUCUUGGGGAUAUGGACUCUCAGAGCUGUGUGAGGAAUCCUAUUGAUGUGUUUCAAAAGUACUUGACAAUGACUACUUCUCCUACCUGGUAACCAGUGCUGUGAUUAAUUUUCUCAGUAGGGAGCUACAAUCUAAGCAACCUGAUUUAGGGAAAUCUAAGCAAAAACCCAACCAACACAAAACAAUACCUAGAACUAGACUUUUAGAUGUGCUAUAAAAUGCAUCUGAAACAGUUGUGCAACAAUCAAAAUGCUGGGUUCUAGAAAGGUUUUAGAGGCUGAGAUCUUUAUGGGUGACUCGCUGCUUUGCUCCAUGGGCAGAUGUGGCUCACAUGACAGUUCUCUUUCUGGCUUGUGUGGUGUGUGAAUAAGAGAGAAGUCUCACACUCAAGGCACGCCAGGUGUUAAUAGACAUCUUAUACAAGCCUGUAUUGCUUAUUAGAAGAAUAAAGCACUCAAUCCCUAUUUAGAUUGAGAAUUUUGUCUGUAAAGAAGAAUUUGGUCUAAAUAGCAUUGUGGUCUGAGGUAGCUGCCCUCCCCUUUGAGAGCUGAGCCUAAUAGGACUCAUAUAUUUGUGCUUAGAGUUGGUGUUUACUUUCAGUGAAAUGCAUGCAGUGGUCACAAACCAGUUACUUUAUAAUACUUGGAUUGUGUUUGUUCAUAGAUAUGCCCUGAAGACUAAGAAUUAGUGUUAUGUACCACAUAGAAUUUACAGUUAACCAGUUACAAACAGGCCUAAAGACUUGUUCCAUUACUGAGUUACAUGAACAUACAUUAGUGGUCUUUGCUGAUGACACAUUGGCUGGAUCUUAGUCACCUUAGAAAGAGUUUUACUUGAAGUUUAUUGUUGCCACAUGUGCAGAUUUAAGACCCUUCUUUCCACAAUUCCUCUGAAGGAGACUUUGUAAUUUACACAAAGAUUUAGGAAAAUACAUGUAAAAGCAAAUCUGUGGUUCAGAGGACAAAUAGAGACUAUCUGUUCAUUAUCCGUGCCCCCCCAAUAUUUAAACAACCCCAAAUACCGAAACCUGUUAAGGAAAACAGAAAAUGUUUUCUUCAAGUUCACUGAAUAGUUUCAGACAGAAGAAAAAUAUACACUUUAAAAUGAACUUACCUGUUAGUUAGGAGUAUUCAGAAUUGCCAGAAACAAGUGCAGAAAAAGCUUAACUUAAGCAGCUUUUUAGCAACUUUUUUUUUUUUGCCAAAAUAAUAAAUGCCUUUAGCAGCAGAGAUUAAAAUCUUACUGAGAACAAGCUAUAUUUUCACCAUUUUACAAUGGAAAGUUCUAACAAGUACAGGCUAUCAAGAUUGCACUCAUCUAUGCCAAAAACAAGUUCGAAGCACUCUACUCUCAGACAUGCUGUAUUACUUCUCAUUUAAAAUUUCAAAAAAUAUAAAAGUAUCCAAACUGCUGUCUUAAUGUAAAUGUAACUAUUUUUCCUUCAAGUGUUGAUUAGGGAGUUGGUUUCUCUCUUAAAAACACUCACUGUAUAACUGAGAGCAGCUGUCAUAUUUCUGGUAAAAUGUGUUUACUUAUCCAACAAGCUGUAUAUCUGUGUAUGGACUAAUAUAAAAUGUGAAUGCCUCAAGAGUACACUUAGUGGUGCGAUGUUCUGUCUAGAGGAUAUAACUGAAUGUUUUUAAUUUGCUGAUUUACAGACACAGGCUGUUUACAAAUUGCUAGCUGGAAAGUCCGUAAUUUUCAUGUAACAACUUUAGUUACUUGCAUUGAGCACCUGUUCUGUCUCUGAGGAGGUAAGAUGUGGUGUUGUACUUAUAAACUGGAGAGUUUAGUCAUAAUCCCUCCUGGCUUUGUGCGAAUAGCUUGCUCACUUUGCUGGCCUUUGAAAUGUGUGUUCUCUGUAGUGAUCUGUCCAUGUGUUUGUGAUAACUGUUCUUGUCAGCCAUGACCAUGAUCAAGCACCGACCUAGUUCUUCACCUUGCACAGUAUUUGAAAUGGCAAAGGGUGUGCUUCAUUCUCAAAUAGCACACAUGCAAAGAGCUGACAUUCUGGAUUGUGACUGUGCAUAUUUUCCCUAGUUUAUUUCUGUAGUCUCUAUAGAACGGUCUGUAAUAAAAUAGUACACUGAACUGUGCAUCAAAGGGAUGUAAAAUUACAGUAUUCCAAAGGUUGAAAUUCUGCUGUUUUGUUAUAAUGCCUGAUAUACAUCUUGAAUAAAGUCUUAACAUUUUUCUUUAAAAAAAUAUUUGUAAUGUUGGGCUUCUAAGAAAAAAUACUUUUGAAAAUGUGAAAAGUGGCAUGGAUUAUUAGAGGCUGAGUGCUCAGCCUCUAACUAGCCUGGUGUCUUGUGACUUGGCCCCAUGCCUACUGCACAGAAUUGUUUGGAGGUGAAAAUUAAAUAUAUGUUUUAAAACUACUA